CUCAGAGCUUCUUCUAGUUCUAUCCAGCUUCCCAUCUCAUCAUGAUGAACAUUACUUUUGGACUCCUGGCCUCUUUGUGCUUGACCGCGGUGUGCAGAGGCGCGGAAGAUGCCCAAGACAAGAAGUCCAUGAAGCGCGGGGUCGGCUUGGGUCUGUACGGCGCAGGAGACUGGGCGGCUAGCGUCUGGCCGUCCAGCGGAGCGGGUCUGGCUGCCGCUGCGGCCGGUGCCGCUGGGUCUUGGCCUGGAGCAGCUCCCUGGCCCGCGGCUGGUAGCGGCGUGGGUCUCGCCGGCUGGCCGCUCAGCGCUGACCUCUCACUGCACGACCCUGCCAACUCCCUGUCUGCAUCCCUGUCUGCAUCCCUGCACGAUCUGGGCAGCCCUAAGUCUCUCGCGGCGUACCAUGGAGCUGCCGCCACCAACGCCCACGAGGUCGCCACCGCUCUGGCCGCUGCCAAGGAGGCGUCCGCCGCUGCCGCUCUCGCCCAACACCGCGUCCAGGCGGCCAAGGAGGCAGUCCUAGUGCAACAGAGGAUAGCCGCGGCUAAGGAAGCGGCUGCCGCUGCCGCUAUCCAGAGGAGCGAAGCCGCAGCAGCCACCGCUGCAGCUAUUCAGAGGUCUCAGGCCGCCGCUGCCGCUAUCCAGAGAACCGAAGCAGCUGCAGCUGCCGCCGCGGCCAUCCAGAGGUCUGAAGCCGCCCAAGCCGCAGCCGCCGCUAUCCAGCGCUCCCAGGCCGCCGCCCACGCUAUCCAGAAGGCCUCCGCCCAUGCAGCCGCCCAAGCAGCCGCUCAAGCCCACAAGCCCUCAUACCACCCAUGGGGCUGAGCCAUCAUCAUGAUGUUUUGUUGUGUUUUC